UUUAUUUAUUUAUUUUUAUACUUACAUUUCUAAGAACCAAUAUGACUAAUUUUGUUGAUGAUGUAAAGACAAAAAUUAUAAACCUUGCUAAAGAAUAUCAACAAUUGUAUUAUGAAAUUCUUCCCGAUUGGUUUGAAUAUGAUUCUGCAAAUUAUGAUAUUAUAAGACAUAAAAUUGGAUAUGCCCUUUUUGGUCUUCCCAAAGUUAAUGAAAAUGUAGAAUCAUUAUAUACUUUUGGAAAUUAUGCUGAUCAAGAUAGUGUACUUAAUAGAGUAAUAUUCGAUAACAAAAUGUGCAAAGUUAUAGAUGAUAUAUAUCAAAAGAUAAUAAAGUUUGGAAGAGAUACUGCAUGUGAUACUAUUUAUGUUGGAAUUAUAUUUAAUGUAAUAUUUGUUCAAAUAUCUUUGAAGGAAGCCAACGAAAUGAAUAACGAAUUGAAUAAAGAGAACAACAACAUAACUUUGGUACCGAUAUUUAAAAUAAAAACAAAAAUGCGUGGUAUAUGGUAUAUUGACAAUGAGGGCAGAACAUAUAAAACUUGGAAAGAUUAUGUAACAAAUAAUACAUUACCACAGUGUACUAUGAUUUUACCAAAAGGUGGCUUAUACCAAUGUAAUCCAAAUGAUAAGGUUACAGAAUAUAAUUCAACUGUAUGGAUUGAAAUAUUAGAUUCACCUGCGUGUACUGUUAAAAAUAAAGUUCUUAAAAAUGUUGAUAUUGCUACAAAUACUCUGGCUAUUUGUUCUUUGGGUAUUGGUGCUGCUAGUAUUUUCACACCUGUUGGUCCAGUUGUACUUACUGCAGGUCUCAUUUAUAAUGGCAUAAGUGGAAUAUGGACUGUUGCUAGGAAUUCACAAAAAUUAGUAGAUCGUGUUAAACAUAAUCAAUCUGUUAAUCCUAUAAAUAAAACUGCAUUUCCUGCCUGGUUAGAUAUAGCUGGUUCAGUUCUUACAUUAGGAGCAUCUGGUGGAACUGUGGUUAUGUCUAAAGCUAUUACAAGAGGUAGCACCAUAGGUGCUGCAGCUAAAAUAGCUUAUAAUUCUAUGUUAUUAGGUAAUUUAACAGUAGGUGGUAUUGGUAUAGUUUAUAAAAGCUAUGAUUUUAUAUAUAAAUAUCAAAUGGAAAGCAAAGUUGAUUUCUUAGAUAUAGUUAUGUUUGCUUCAAAUGUUUUAUUCUUUAGCAAUGUUGUAAUAAGUACAAAAUUAGCUGGUGAGCUUAUAGGAUCAUCUAAAGGUACUAUUUUUGAAAACUUCAAGACAACUUUGCGUAGAAAUCGACUGAAGAAAGAAUUUAAUAAAAUGAAUGCAAAUAGUAGUUCAAAUGAGCAGACUGACUCUCAAGGUAUUAUAUAUGAUACAAAGAAAAUUGUCAACAAAGAACACUUUUUAAAUCUCUUGUGUAAAAUGAAGAAUAAGAUAGAAUUUCCAGUAAUAUACAAGAAUAAUAAUAUUGUUAUAAAUAAUAAAAUAUUUCUAGAUCCUCUUCAGUUUGCAGGACAUUUAUUGACAGUUGGUAGAAUUAUAUUUAAUUUAACAGACUCAAGAGAAUCAGUAACAUUGAAAGAAAGGAAUGAUCAUCUGAUUAAGUUAAAAGUUUUACUUCAACGAUUGUUAAAGGAAUUUUUUGUGGAUAAGGAAUAUUCAAAUGAACAACUACCUGACAUUAGUUAUUUUAAUGAUAUAUUGCAAGAAAUGAAAUACAUGAAUAAUCCAGUAGAUAUAUUAAUUAAAUGUUUUAAAAUUUCAACACUUAUAGCAGAACAUUGCAAUGAACCUGGCAUGUUUCUAUGCGAUGCUAUUUAUUUCUCAUGGAUAUAUUGUAAAGCAAAUUUAAAGAUAUAUAAUGUAAAUAUUGCCUCUACUAGUAAACAUAAAAUACUUGACGUAUUAACAAAAAUUCUUGGAUAUUUAUAUGAAUGCAUUGAUAUGAUUGCUGAUGAACUAUUCUCUGCUUUUUAUGUAUAUAUGUUGAAUAACAAGUACUAA